GUGUGCAACAGCUGAGGCAAGGAGGUGGUGACAUGGCGUUACUAUAGCUUUUAUAAAACUGCCAGUUUCAAUCUCCAUUGUGCUUAUGGAAAAAACUGCCAUCGCUACAAACGCGACUCCCCUUGUAUCACCAGUCUAUUCUCGUAGUCACUUCCGGGUGUCACCAUGUUUCGCCAUUUACUGCUUCCACUCCACAGCCACCAAAAGGUGUUCCAUGCCUGGCGCGAACUCAAGAGCGAGAAAGUCGCGGACCCCGGCUUCUCCAUGGAGCAGGUCAUCCGCGACGCGCACCCCAACCACCACCUCACGCGCCUGCCCAACACUUCCCUAGAGCUGCUCGAAUAUGCUAGCGCUGGCCACGCCACCGCCCGGCGCGUCACCGAGGGCGGCUUCCAGGCUGAGGUCUGGCGCGUGUACUGCCCGCCCUCCUCCCGCGUCGACGCCAAGGCCUCCUCCGCGCUCGACGAGGAGGCGGCGCUGGCGCGCUGGAACUACAGCUGGGACGGCACCGACUUCGUCGUCUACAAGGUGUGCUGGUCGUCCGGGGGCUGCUGGGCCUCGGCCUUCUUCAUCCUGGCCCCGAUGCCGCCCGGCCAGGCCGGGGCGGACAACGUGGUCGUGGGGGGCCACCAUCGCAGGACCGACGCGCUGAUCCUCGCCGUCGGCGACUACUCGCGCGAGCUGCACGACGAAAUCCACGUCUUUGACGCCAUGCGGUGGACCAAGUCCAAGAGCCUCUGGCGCAGCGUCCGGUCGGCCACGUGGGACGACGUGAUCCUCGACCCGGCCGUCAAGGCGGGCAUCAUGGCCGACGUCGAGGGCUUCUUCGAUAGCCGGGCCAUGUACGCGCGGCUCAAGGUGCCGUGGAAGCGCGGCGUCAUCCUGCACGGCGUGCCCGGCAACGGCAAGACCAUGACCAUCAAGGCCCUCAUCAACUCGCUCGCGGCGCGCCGGGGCGAGAAGACGCCGCCCGUGCACGCCCUGUACGUCAAGUCGCUCGACAGCCGGAGGGGGUCCAAGAGCUCCAUCAAGAGCAUAUUCGACAUGGCGCGCCUCGUCGCCCCCUGCCUCCUCAUCUUCGAGGACCUCGACAGUCUGGUGGCGGACGAGACCAAGGCUUACUUCCUCAACGAGGUCGACGGCCUCGAGUCCAACGACGGCAUCCUCAUGGUCGGGUCCACCAACCACAUCGACCGCCUCGACCCCGCCGUCACCAAGCGGCCCAGCCGCUUCGAUCGCAAGUACCACUACCAGCUGCCGCGGCACGUCGAGCGCGCCGAGUACGCGCGCUACUGGCGCAGGAAGUUUGAGGGCACCGACGACGUCGACUUCCCGGACGAGGCCUGCGAGAUCAUCGCCCAAAUGACCGAGGGGUACAGCUUCGCCUACAUGAAGGAGCUGUUCAUCACCAGCCUGCUGGAGCUGGCUCGCGGCAAAACCGGCGAGGAGGAGGGGACCGUCGUCUCUGCCGAGGAGAUGGCCGCUGCCAAGGCCGCCGAGAAACUGUACGCCGCCUCCGAUGCCGAGCAGGCUGCCGCUCGGGCGGUCUCGGUGGCAACAGAGAGUGGCGAGCCGAAGGAUUCAGGUGCGGGAAGUACUAACGAGGCCCCCGCCAAACGCACCAUGACCGAGAUCACGGUGCCCGAGUCCCUCCGCAGCAACCUUCUCCUGCGGAUUAUGAGGAAGCAGGCCGAGCUCCUGCUAUCCCAAAUCGACAGCGCGUCAGCCGAGGCGGUCGAAAAGGUGGCCGUGGGCAACAACAAUCAGGUGCUAGGAACCCGCAUGGCAGUCAAAAUGCGCAAGUAAUGGCCUUUCUCACCACUAGGCUCAUCACCAGGCGUGCCCCGGGAGAAUUACCAGAGAAAGGCGAUGAAGCAACGACAGGCGGCGAUCCCGGAUCGGGGUUGGGUACUUGCCGGGAGCUAAAUUUGUAUCAAAGACGUAGCGAUUCCGAACCAGGGUUUUCAAGGUGGUAUUACCAUGCAUGUAAUCUCUGCGGGCAUUAAAAAACUGGCCGGUCAGGUGGAACAGGCCUGGGGCGUGGGGAUAUGCCGUGUCACGGAUCGUCUUCUCCCAUACUCAAGUUCGGUAGUUGGCCGGUUUACUCCGGUGGGCGGGCGCAUAUUAAGUCCAAUAUAACCCCAGGCUUGGCAUUCUAUAUCCCGAGCCAUCCUUGCACUUACACGGCCGAUAUGGCAGAUGAGGGAAGCAGAUAUAAAGGUCCUAGGUCUUUCACGAGGGUUCUCUUUGGGCAACUCCCGAGCUGCUUUAUCCUUUUG